AUGGCUGACAGUAAUAUGGCUUUUUUCAUGCAUUUGAAUAGAGAAGAAUAUACAGAAUUUAUCUCCGGUUGUGGAGCUGCUAUUAUUAAUGUGGGCAUUACCUUCCCAAUCAAUAAAACCAUAUUCAGACAGAUGCUACAUGGAGUAGGCCUAAGGAAUGCAGCUUCACAACUUAAGAAUGAGGGGUUUUCUACUCUUUAUCGAGGGAUUUAUCCGCCAUUAUUUCAGAAGACAAUCUCUACAUCAUUAAUGUUUGGCACUUAUGACGUAAUCCAAAAAUCACUUCUGGAUUCUAAUUUAAACUGCAGAUUAUCCAAAGUUAUUGCAGCAUUGGUGGCUGGUACAACGGAAGCUACGUUAACACCGUUUGAGCGAGUACAAACAUUACUUCAAGACAACCACUAUAAUAAAAAUUUUCUAAAUAUGCGACAUGCAAUAAAAGUUAUUGCUACUGAUUAUUCAGUAUCUGAAUUUUACCGUGGUCUUACACCGAUUUUGUUGCGCAAUGGGCCCUCUAACAUUUCCUUUUUCUUAUUACGUGAAGCUGCCAAUUCUUAUAUUGUUAUACCUCCUUCAGUAUGGACAGGCUAUAAACUAUUUAAAGAGUUUCUGACUGGGGCUUUUAUAGGUGCUUUAAACAGUGCUCUUUUUUAUCCAUGUAAUGUAAUCAAAGUGCACAUGCAAAGCAACUUGGGUGGCCCAUUUAAAAGUAUUAAAGAAGCCGCAAUCGAAAUUUAUCAAGAACGUGGAAAUAGGGUAUCAUGUUUUUAUCGAGGAGUACACAUGAAUUAUACAAGGGCAUUUGUUAGUUGGGGUGUGAUUAAUGUUGUUUAUGAAAAUUUAAAAUGUUUUCUAAAAAAUAAUUAA